UCCUAGAAUCGUGUUAUUUUGUGUGAAUUGAAUUGUAUCAUAUCGAUGUGUUUUUUGAUAAGAAUCACAAUAUUACCUUUUAUCCCCAAGCAACAUCAUACUAAAUUCGGUUUUAUUAAGCUAACAUCAUGUUGAACUAUAUUUUAUCUGAUCUAUUAUCGUUCGAGCCGCAAUUUGAUUAAGCGAUUCGGCCAAUCUCCUUGCUAGGUUAUAUUUGAGAUUGGCUCAUCAAGUUCGGAUCAGUCUGAUCGGAUCCGACCCACACAAGAUUGAACUUUAGGGGAACUAUAUCAUAAACGUUUUUACAAGUAUUUCAGGUGGUCAAGGCGCUUAUUUCCCCAGUAUGCUAGAGAGAGAGAGAGAGAGAGAGAGAGAGACGUCUCAACGAGGGUAAUAAAAAUGGGGCUUUGGUAUAAUUACAGCGUAACUGAAGUUGGUGGAUCAGACAUGGAGUCUGAUCAGGGUUUUCCCCCCAUUUUUGUGUGCUUGAAAAGCAGAGCUCUUACACAAAGUUGAUAAGGCUUCAAUUGUUAGCUAAGCAAUGAUAGCACCGAGUAAAUCUUCUCCCAUAGUAUCAAAUCUUUUGGUGCCCUGCAUACAUCCCAAGAGUCUGAAAUUCUUAAAAUCCUCAAGUAUACACCAUGUUGUUAACUUCCCUAAAAUUUGGAUUAAUCAUACUCCUGUUUGCUGCACAAAAUUAACUCCAUGGGAGCCUUCACCAGUCACGUAUGCUCCCACUGAUGAUGCUGCUGGUAGCUUCUUGGAGAAAAGUAGCAACAUAUUUGAAACUCUUCAUUCCAAUGACAGAACUGAAGCACCAACAGCCACCAGUGAAGAGUGUGCGGAUACCAAGAAUAAGCAAUUGGUGCAGUUUCAGUUUCUUAAAUGGCCUAUGUGGCUCCUGGGUCCUUCUCUUCUUCUCACCACUGGCAUGGUGCCCACAUUAUGGCUACCACUUUCUUCUAUAUUCCUAGGCCCCAAUAUAGCCAGCCUGCUUUCCUUGAUUGGACUGGAUUGCAUCUUCAAUAUUGGUGCUACUCUUUUUCUUCUCAUGGCUGACGCUUGUUCCCGGCCAAAAAAGAUGGCACAAGCCAGCAAUAGCAAGCCUCCUUUCAGUUACAAAUUGUGGAACAUGGUUGCAUCUGUGUCUGGACUUGUCAUUCCUUUGUUGAUGCUGUUGGGAUCCCAAAAAGGCUCCCUCCAACCACAGCUGCCUUUUAUCUCGUUUACAGUUUUGUUGGGUCCCUACCUCCUGCUUCUAUCUGUACAGAUUCUGACUGAGAUGCUGACUUGGCACUGGCAGUCACCAGUGUGGUUGGCAACUCCAGUUGUAUACGAGGCAUAUCGUGUGUUACAGCUGAUGAGGGGGUUGAAGCUUGGAGCUGAGCUCAGUGCACCGGCGUGGAUGAUGCAUAUGCUUAGGGGGCUCGUAUGUUGGUGGAUCCUGAUCCUGGGUAUUCAACUCAUGAGAGUUGCUUGGUUUGCUGGUUUCACUGCUCAAGCUCGCCGGCAACUGUCUUCUGCUUCUGCAGAUAGUUAAUAUAUUACUAUGGAUGAAGAAUCAUGGCUUCAGAUACAGAUUAUUUUAUUGUACGAUCAAAUAAUGUCUAGAUUGCAGGGUUCCUAGUGUAUUCACACUGUUCUUUUGGUUUCCAGUGAAUUUAGAAUAGGAUGAAGUUUUUAUGUGCGGUGAUAAAAGUAAUGUGCUUCAUACAUACCAUGACAUCCCAUGUAAUGUAACCAUAGUGACGAAGUUGACAAUAUGUUUGAGCUUUUUAGCUAGCAGGCUUGCAUUUUAAUACAAAUCUUCAAUAUUAUAGAUUGCUUA